AUGGCAUGGUUCUGUAGUCUCCCAGUGUGGAAGGGUGAUUGGGAUUUACCCUCCGUUGAUCCAUCGUGCCUAGCAGCACUGGCAUAUUGCAGAUUUUCUGGGGUUCCUGUCAAAUUGAAAAAGAUUGGCAAUCCAUGGAGAUCACCAUCAGGUGAAUUGCCUAUUAUGAGGCAUAAAAAAGUAACAGAAACUAAAGUUACAGAAAUAUUCAGCUAUUUGAGAAAACAGAAUUAUGGGUGUGAUUUUAAUUUAUCCAAUAAACAAAGUGCUGAUGCCAUAGCCUUCUCUUCCAUGUUAGAAGAAAAAUUAUUACCAGCCAUACUCCAUCUUUGGUGGGUAGAUAACAAAACCUAUUCAGAUUUUACCAGACCAUGGUAUGCUAAAGUUCUUCCCUUUCCAUUGAAUUUCUUCAUCCCAGAUCAAAUACAGAAGAAAGCUUCAAUGAGAGUAACACUGACUAAGGGUGGUAGUAAUGUUACAGAUAGUGAACUCGAAGCUAAGAUUUAUAAAGAAGCUAAAGAAUGUAUGAAUUAUUUAGCAUACAGACUUGGUAAACAAGAUUAUUUCUUUGGCAAUGCUCCAUCCUCAUUAGAUGCAUUAGUAUUUGGUUAUUUAGCUCCGAUAUUAAAAGCACCAUUACCCAACAAUCAGCUACAGAAUCAUUUAAAGAUGUGUGAUAAUCUAUGUAGUCUAUGUAAUAAUAUCUUACAAAGAUAUUUACCUCCAGAUCCAGAAGAGGUUGAAAAGAAAAAAGCUGAGGAGAAAUCGAAACCACAAUCCACAACAGAAUACAGUGACUUCCCUCACAGACGUAGAAACAUGAUAUUAGCAGCUAUAUUUGCUCUCAGUGCUAUGGCGGGUUAUGCUUUACUCAGUGGUUUAAUACAUUUACAAAUAACAGACUCUGAUGAGGACAAUGACUUAAAAAAUCCUCAUGGUUACAUACAAAAUGAGGAGGAUAAUGAGGAAUAUGAGGAUGGACGUGAGGAUUAGAAUGAAUUAAUUUAUGUACUUGAUAUAGUCUGAGCUUGGAUCUUGUUAGAAUCUCAACUGAUUUGGUUAACACAGCCACUAUUCCAGUAAAUUUGUAUAAGAGCUUUAGUCAAUCUUGACAACUGAAUCCUUUUCUUUCGAAAAUCUUUUCAAAGGGUUGUUUUGGUUGCGUAAAUUGCCAGAUCAGGCUGGGGGGUUUUUUUGCGGGUUUAUGAUGCAUCUAAUGAUAGUCUCUAAUAAAAUUAUUGUUUUGGAUUAUCACAAAAAGAAAGUUAAAUUUUCGUGGCCUUUAAUUAUGCUCUUCAAAUGUAAUUAACAGAUUCCAUGCCAGAUGCUAAAAGUGCUUAACAUGAUGGGUAUACCAAUAAGUACAUGUAUAUGUUAACAAUUUGUAUUUGAAAAAGGUGUUUGUCUCUAUAGAUUCAUUAAUGAUAUUAAAAUGUAAUGUUUGUUUUCUAAGUGGAGUAUAAAUCAUAAACAAAUAUAUUUGAUUGUAUGCUUU